AUGGGCUUAGCAGGGCCGCGGAAGAAUACCAAGAUCGGCAAUGAUCCCAAUAACACCAAAUGGACCCGGUCCACGACUGGGUUCGGACAUCGGAUCAUGAGCUCUCAGGGCUGGACUCCUGGAAGUCUUCUGGGAGCAAAGGACGCCGCACACGCCAAUCUUUUGACUGCCGCCAGCGUUUCCCACAUCAAAGUCACCCUCAAGGACGAUAAUCUUGGAUUGGGUGCUCGCAUUGGACGAGAGACUGAGCCGACUGGACUUGAUGCCUUCAAAGGAUUGCUUGGUCGACUCAAUGGAAAGAGUGAAGUGGAAUUGAAGAAGGAUGAACGAAAGCGUGAUGACGUCCGAUUGGCUCGAUAUGCCGCCCUGAAAUUCCCGGAGGUCAGGUUCGUCAGCGCAGGCCUGUUGACACAAGAAAAGCAACCCGAGUCCACUCCACCAACCACCACGGUCGCAACAUCGAAGAAAUCCAAGUUAGAUAAGAAAGAACCCACAAAGACUACCGAGGACGACGAGACUUCUUCAAGCGAAUCGGAUGCCCCAGCCCGCAAAUCUAAGUCCAAGUCCAAGUCCAAGUCCAAGUCCAAGUCCAAGUCCAAAUCCAAAUCCAAGAAAUCGCGCUCUCGAAAUGAAACGGAUGGCAAUGAAUCAAGCUCGGAAUCAAAGAAGAAAAGGAAGUCCAAGAAGAGAAAGGCUGAUUCAGAUGAGAGUGAUGCCCCAGGCGAGACAUCUGAACCAGAAGUCAAGGUAGUAGCAAAAAUAUCCAGGGAGCGACGGCCUAUGGGACGGAAUGUCACUCGGUCACGCCAUAUCGCCCAGAAGAAGAGAGCUAUUAUGGACGACAAGUCUCUCAACGAGAUCUUCAUGAUAAAAGCAUAA